UUCCGCCGGUGGCUCAAUGUUGCUUGUGCGAGUCGCUGCUAUUUGUUUGUUACUAAAGUGAUAAAUUAAGGGUUAAAGAUGCCUAUGAAAGGGCGGUUCCCCAUCAGGAGGACACUGGAAUAUCUCCAAAAGGGAGAGAUCAUCUUUAAGAACACCGUGAAGAUCAUGACGGUGAACUACAACACACAUGGAGAGCUGAGCGAAGGAGCAAGGAAGUUUGUGUUCUUCAAUAUUCCUCAGAUUCAGUACAAAAAUCCCUGGGUCCAAAUCAUGAUGUUUAAGAACAUGACACCGUCACCGUUCUUGAAGUUCUACCUCGGUGAUGGAGAGCAAGUGCUGGUGGACGUGGAAGGCAAAGACUACAAACAGAUUUCACAACAUGUGAAGAAGAUUUUGGGCAAAACAGAGAAGGUUUUACAAGCUGAGGCCAGGAUGGAGGCCUCGAACCCGGCCAACUUUGGACCAAAGAAGUACUGUCUGAGGGAGUGCAUCUGUGAGGUGGACGGUCAGGUGCCCUGCCCCAGCUUCGUACCCCUGCCCAAAGAGAUGACGGGCAAAUACCGCAGCAAGAUGGCAGCGUCGCAGGAAUGAGAGACUGAGAAGAAACGACAUCCAAACAGAGUGAUGGCUGACGAAUCAGACGUCUGGAAUUCUACCUUUUUAUUGGAUUACAGCUGAACGAGCCACAGUCACUGUUGUCACUGAUCUGACUGACAGGAACGCAGCACCAACCCUGGACAGAUCAGGUCACAUGAUGUUUUUGUCUGACGUGUUUUUUUUAUUUUUCAUUUAUUUAUAGGUUUGGUUUAUUUGGUCAUGUGACCUGGUUCAAAGUUCAUUUAAACAUCCAGAUCCUGAAGUUCCAUCAUGUCAGUUGUGGUCUGUGCUGCACUUGGGUGUGGAGUCAUUGAUGUCACCGAGUCUACCACGUGUGGCCACGAGUGGAACUGCACUGAACAAAGACUGAAUCUGUCAACGUCUGUUUAUUAAAUUCAAUGACUGAACUGCAGCUUCAUCUACAGAAGGACAACGAGGUCAUGUGACCAGUAUAAUCUGUGAUCAUGUGACCAGUAUACUCUGUGACCAGCAUAAUCUGUGACCAUGUGACAUGAGCAGAGGUGUGAGAAACAUCAAGAGAAUAAAAAAAGUUAAAGGACAAAAAAAAAGACAAAAUGUUGAAGGGAAAAAUAUACAAUCUGUAAAAAAAAAAAACCCAAAAAGUUUAUUCACCGUAGGAUGAAGAUGAGCCAACGUGACUCUGUAGAAAUGUCUUCAUAUUUAUUGUAUGAAAAUGAAGCUAAAAGUUAGCGGUCAGUCAAAGCAAAACAGCCACCGUUGGCUCAGGAUCAGCAGAGAAA